AAUAACAAUAAUAAUAAACAAAUUUAAAUAUUGUUUAAUUAAAAAAUUAAUAUUGUUAGAAAAAAAAUUGAAAAAUAAAAAAAAAUGAAUUCAACUAGUUUGUAUGUAUCAACUUGUCGAUUAGUAUUGCAAGCUGAUUCAGAUGAUCCAAAUACAUGGACAGAUUUAUACAGACUUGUACCAUAUUUACGUCAAAGUUUAAGUUGUACAGUAUGUUCAAAUUUAUUAAUUGAACCACAUACACCAACUGAAACAAAUUGUCAGCAUCAUGUUUGUCGUAAUUGUCGUGGUGGACGUAAAAAAUUAAAACCUUCAUGUGGCUGGUGUAAAGAUUAUGAUAAAUAUAUUGAAAAUGUACAAUUGAGGAUAUUACUACAGUGUUAUAAAAAAUUAUGUGAAUAUUUAACAAGUACAAAUAUAUAUCGUAAUAUAAUAUUAACAAUAACAACAAAUAAAAAUAAUGGUACAAAUUGUUGUGGUGCAACAAGUCUUAUUGAAUUAAUACAAGAAGGUAGUGGUUUUAAAGAUGAAUAUAAAAGUAAUGCUGGUUUAUCAAAAUCAGCAUACAGUAUAUUACCAUGUGUUUAUACAAGUACAACAUCAACACAAACACAAGGUAUAUCAUUUCAAACAAGUGCUGAAAAAAUUCCUCAAACAGUACCUGAAUCACCAGCAAUUAGAACAGUAUCAAAUGGUACAUCAAUAUAUUCAGUAAUGUAUGCUGGAUCUGGUAAUAAAAUAACAAUUAAAAGAAAAGCAGCAACAACUGUUGUUGAUGAUGAUAAUAAUCAUUCAACAAAUCAAGAUGAUAAUGAUACUGGAACAUCUAGAAAUAAUAGUGGAGGGGUAAAAUGCAUUCCAUCUUCACAACUUUCAUAUGGAACUACUACUUCUUCUUCAAAAAAAUCGUCAAAGGGCAGCAAAUCAUCAACUAGUUUUAAAAAACCAAGAUCAAGCUCAACAAGAAGUAAAAGAAAAGGAUGUAGAUGUGGUAAUGCAACAGCAAUACCUGGUAAAUUAACAUGUUGUGGUCAAAGAUGUCCUUGUUAUGUUGAAAGUAAACCUUGUUUAGAAUGUAGAUGUAGAGGUUGUCGAAAUCCUCAUACAGCUGAUGGUUUAAAGAUUCGUCCACAUAUACCAGAAUUACAUAAUUUACAUUUACAAUUAUCAACAACACCAAUUGAUUGUGAAAAUACAUUAGCAACAACUGAUCCACUUGAAACGGUACAACAAUGUUUAUCAACAUCACCACCAACAAUACAAGUAUUAAAUGUUUAUUCAACACCGAGACUUGAUAUUGAUAAUGUACCACAAAAUUUACCAGCAGCUUUACUUGUUGGUGAAGAUGCUAUUGUUAGUACUGAAAGUGAAGCUGAUGAUAGUGAUAUACAAAUUGAUGUUUGACAGUGAAUAAAUAAAUUAUCAAUUAAAAACAAUUUUUAAUUAAUUCAAAAGAGAAUUUUUAUAAUUCAUUUAUUAGUUACUUUUUUUAAGUUUAUAUAUUUGAAUUCGUUUUUUUUUUUCUUUUUUUUUUUUUUUUUAUGUAUAAAGUGUAAAGAAGUGUGUAAUUUUGAUGAACGUUAUGUAGUUUUUACGUAUGCAUACUAAUUUUUUUUAAUGAAAAAAUAAAUUUUAUAAACAUUUUUUUUUUGUAGAUGAAAUUGGUUUUUUUCUUUUUUUAUUAUUAAAAAUAAGAACGAUUGUGAAUAACAUCCACAAUGAUUUUAAAAAACUGAAAAAAAAUGUGGUCCAUUUUGAAAAAUAAACAAUACAUUUUUGCAUAUAUUUUAUAAUGUAUUAAAAAAUUUAAUUAUUAUUUUGUAAAUAGUGUUAGAAAAAAAAGAAAAAAAAAAAAA